GUCGUUCUGAGUUCCGGCCACUCACUGGGAGCAAACAUGGCGGCCGAGGGAGACGUCGACCUGGACCUGGAGGCCGAGGAUAACUGCACCGGGAAACCGGCGGAGAAGCCUCGGAAGCAUGACAGCGGCGCCGCGGACCUGGAGAGAGUCACGGACUACGCGGAGGAGAAGGAAAUCUCCAGCUCCGACCUGGAGACGGCCAUGUCGGUGAUCGGAGACAGAAGGUCACGAGAACAGAAAGCCAAACAGGAAAGAGAAAAGGAGCUGGCCAAAGUCACCAUCAAGAGAGAGGACGUAGAACUGAUUAUGUCGGAGAUGGAGAUCUCGAGGUCCGUGGCCGAGCGCAGUCUGAGGGAACACAUGGGCAACGUGGUGGAGGCUCUGGUGGCGCUGACCAACUGAACCGACGUUUGCAGACCUGGACCGCUGCGAAGUCAUUUCUCAUCGAGUCCGUGAGGCUGAACUCAUCUGUGGUGUCAUCUUCAUCCCAAACACUGUUUUUUCAUUCUUUCUUUCAUUUUUUAAAUAAAAGUUGACAUGUG